AAUGCUGUGAAGAUAAACACGAGCCGGCGCCGCCACAGCCGAUCAGCUGAUUCACGGUCACUCUGAAUUUGCCUUGAAAAAAGCCGUCGCAGCAACUUAACCGUGCCAUGGCAACGUCAAACGGAUUGGGUUUGAAGGGAAAAGUGGCCAUUGUCACAGUUUCCUGGAGUAGUAGCUUACAACAUGAGCAAGGCAGCUGUGGAUCAGUUAACCCGUUCUGUAGCACUUGAAGUUGCAGAGCGUGGUGUUCGUGUUAAUGCUGUCAAUCCUGGAGUUAUAGUAACCGAAGUACACAAGAGAGGUGGCAUGAGUGAAGCGGAUUAUAAAAAGUUUCUGGAACAUGGAAAGACAACUCAUGCUAUGGGUCGAGUAGGAGAGGUGGAAGAGGUAUCCAGAGCUGUUGUCUUUUUGGCUUCAGACAAUGCUUCUUUUAUCACAGGUGUUACCUUGCCUAUUGAUGGUGGGAGGUCUAUAAUGUGCCCACGUUAAUGAUAUUGCCUUCAUAAAGAUAUUGAUACUUAGCAUUACCGUGGUUAUCCCCUUCCCAUCAUUGGCAUUGUUUUCAAGUGAACCUUGGUUACUCCAAUUAUUCUUGUUUUGAUUGUAAUUUUUUACAUUUCAUGUUAAACCAAGUCUGUAGCUACAUUUUAAAUUGUGAUUUCCUUAACCUUCCUCAAUCAAAUCAUGUUAAACCAACUGUGUGCAAAUAAUGUUUUUGAUUAAAUCUAUGUAAUCUUUAUUCCCCCACCCUGUCCCAUAAAAACUAAAGGAAACAAGUAUCAGUUCAGGAAAUGUAAAAGUAAAUGGCUAUAUAUUUAGAUAUGACAUUAAUUUGUAUGAUAGUAGUCGUUUUUACAUUUAGUGAUACAUUUUUAGAAUAUGGGAAAUAAAGAAUACUAGUCCUCUAU